ACUCACAGCAAACGCAAGGGAUAGCCCUCCCCAUUUCACGCAAAGCCGGCCCUAGCCACUCCUCCCUAGCCCGCGCGACCGCACCCCGAGCCCGCCGCCGGCGACGUUGCCGGCCUUUUCUCCCGAACCGGCGCCGCAUCGCCUCCUACCCGCCGGACCGAAACCAUCAAGCCGCCUCUUGGCCAGGAUCCACCCCGGCAAUCCCACCGGCGAUCCCGCGCCGGCAUCCCUGAUGCCAACUCCCACCUCCCUUCCUCCCUCACGCUGGAAGCCCCUCAGUCCAGCGGACUCCCUCACGCGAAGCUGCCAUCCUUCUCGGUUUUUGAGGGCAAAGCUGCGAAAACAGCUUCCCGGGGAUCCUCUCUCUCUCUGCCAUCCUCCUCGGUUUUUUUCUUAAUUUUCUUCUCAAUUUUGUUUUAAAUCUUGAAUUUAAACUGUUCAAUAAAUAAAUAAAGUUAUUGGAAGAAUCUGCAGCUCUACAAUCCCAGCUAAAUGCUUGUGGUCUUCUUCUCCGCCAGCCCUAAACCCUAAUUUUACAGACCAACAAUGCAUUUCUCGCGCCCAAUCUGUUCGGCGUAAGUAUACCAUCACACUCUCGCUUUAAUUCUAGGGUUUUCACUCAUAGAACUUUUUACAUCUUUUUUCCCCUAAUCCCGCAUCUCAUGCUCCGCUAUCCGCCGCCAUUCAAUCUUCUGAUUAAUCUGCGCUCUCAAAUAAUUCGGAUUUCAUCUAAAAACAUCUCUUCGAUAUGGAAUCUAUUACUUCCACAUUCUAGUACUAGAGAGAUAACAUCUCCUGGAUCGUCUUCCUCAUCAACCCAUUAUAAAAGUACAGUAAAUUUGCCCUUUUAUCUCUUUUCAGUCAAGAACUUAUGUUCAUCAUCUUCUCAUUCUAAUCCCCGCAUUUUCUCGAAUAAUGUUUGUGAAAAUGCAUCAGUUUCCAUAUCAGAUCAGGUUUAUGAAACCAUUAUCUCUAAUUAUACCUGCGAUCAAAGCUUGGAGAGCCGCCUUGAUGCCCUCAGUCUGGAACUCACCACUGAGCUCGUAAACCAGGUUAUACACAAGCUUCGUUAUGAAGAAAAACUAGCUUUCAGGUUCUUCACCUGGGCCGGGCAUCAGGAUGGGUACACUCACGAUCCCCAAACCUUCAACGACAUGAUUGAGAUCUUAUCGAGCACAGCGUUUAAAGCGAAGCAAUUUGGUGUAAUCUGUGACAUUUUGGACUAUAUGAAGCGGAAGAAAAAGAAUUCAGUUCCAGUUGAUGCUCUGAUCUCAAUCUUGAAGACAUAUAGCGUGAAGAAGCUAACACACAUUGACAAGUUCGCUAGAAAGAAGAGACUCAAACCAAAGAUUCAGCCAGAACUCCAUUCCUUAAACCUCUUGCUUGAUUCACUCUGCAAAUGCAGCAUGGUCAUCGAAGCCGAAUCAAUCUUCCUUCGACUAAACCAUAAGAUCAUCCCCACCGCUGAAACUUACAAUAUUCUGUUCUUCGGGUGGUGCAGAGUUCGAGAUCCCAACAAAGCCAUGAAGAUUCUCUCACAAAUGAUCGACAAAGGUCAUAAUCCUGAAAGCUUUACAUACAAUGCCGCAAUCACCUCCUUCUGCAGCUCCGGUAUGAUCAACGAGGCGAGGGAGCUGUUCGAGUUCAUGAGAACCAAAGGUUCGACGAUAUCAUCGCCGACGGCCAAGACUUACUCCGUCAUGAUCAUCGCCCUUGCAAAGUACGAUAUGAUGGAUGAAUGCUUCAAUCUUCUAAGCGAGAUGAGAGGCUCCGGUUGUCUUCCCGACGUGUCGACAUACACUGAUUUGAUCGAAGGAAUGUGUCUCGCCGGAAAGAUCGAAGCUUGUUAUAAGAUAUUGGAGGAGAUGGGUGAGAAAGGUUACCCACCCGACAUUCUUACUUAUAAUUGUUUUCUGAAGGUGUUGUGCGCCAUGAAGAAGCAUGAGGAAGCAAUGGAGCUGUGUGAGAAGAUGAUGGAUGGAGGGUGCGAGCCGAGUGUUCAUACUUACAGUAUGUUGAUAGCAUUGUUCUUUGAGAUUGGGGAUUCAGAGCGGGCUUUGGGAAUGUGGCAUGAAAUGGAGGAAAGAGGGUGCUCGCGCACUGUGGAUUGUUAUGGGGUGAUGAUUGAUGGAUUGUUUGGUUGUGGGAGAGCGGAAGAAGCGUGCUUUCUUGUGGAAGAGGUGAUUGAUCGAGGGAUGAAGCUGCCGUAUAAGAAAUUUGAUUCUUUGAUGUCGAGGUUGUCGGAGAUUGGAAAUCUGCAGGCGAUUCAUCGUCUUUCGGAGCAUAUGAGGAGGUUUUACAGUGUGGCAAUGGCUAGACGUUUUGCGAUGAGGGAGAAGAAGAAAAGCAUGAGCUUGAGGAGGACAUGAGUUGUGCAAUAUGUGAUGAUUGACUAACCCGGUUCAGGAAAAGAUAUUGCUUCCCGUACAACACUGAUGCGAUACCUCCCGGACGUAGCGGAGAAAAAAAAAAAAUUAUCAUCGGUGUAUCGCAUCAGUUAUUCGGACGUAACUUGCGUCUGGACUAAUGCAAUAUUUUUCCUCGAUUUAAGCAUGCUGGUUCUUAUUAGCUUGCUCGGAUGAGCUUUUGCGUGCGAGAAAAUAUUACUUUCAGUUAUAUAUAGCAGUGUCAAUGUGCUUUCCUAAUUUGGUAUGCAAGUAUCAUUGUUAUUUUGAAGUAAUUUAGGUUUUUGCUUAUGACCUUGCAUUCAUCUGGACUUUAUGUACAAUAAUUUUGUGUUAUUUUCUGGUAAAAU